AUGGCACGGCCUGGUGCAAUGAAACGGCAUCAGACUUUACGGCGGCAGGUUGCUCUUGCUGGCUGUUUGCUGGGCGUGGGCACGGUGAGUAGCUGCUUUUGCAACACGAGCCGGUCGUCUCAAAUCCAGAGCAAGAUCACCCGGCAAGGUGCCAAAGAAACCAUGGAGUCGUUCUACUCAGCCGUGAACAACCGGGACCUUGAGAGGGCCAUGGAAAUGGUGGACGACGAUGCCACCUACGAAGACUUUACGUUUCAGGAGCCUUUCAAGGGCAAGGAAGGAGUGCGCGAGCUGCUCGCAGAUGCCAUGGAGUUGCCGAAAGGCCUUGAUUUUGUCAUCGAUGAGACGGCUGGUGGAGAAUCCUGGAGUGGAGAUGAUUCUGUUGGCAUGACGUGGCACGUGGAGUUUGACGGUGUUCCUUUGCCAAACAGUCGCGGGGCUUCGCUUUACAAAACGCGGGGUGGCAAACUGUUCUACGCCCGUGAUAUCGUUGAGUCACCACUGAAACUGGGCGGUGCAGCUCUUGGCAUCGUGGGUUUCAUUGCUCCCAUCAUAAGGGCGUUACAGCGUGGCUCCUUUGGAGAUCUGGCGCCAGCAUUGGCAUUUGCGACGGCUGGAGCCAUCUAUUGGUAUGUCUUGCUUCUAUCACCUCAGGGCCAGUUCGCCUUCCUUGCAGGUCCACCAGCCUGGGCGAUUGACGAGACAACCCUUCGGAAUGUCAUUGAUGAGUCCCUGAACUUUUUCUACAUCUGGCCUGCCCUGGAUACUGUUGGCCUGCCGAGCCCCACGAGCCUUCUUGGCAUAGCGCUGCCCAGCGUGGAUCCUUUGCGUCUUGCCCUGUUCAAUCUUGCAGAAGCUUAUGCUUUCAUGCUGCUGCCGCUUCUUCUUUGGGAUCGGCCAAAGCGACAAGAUGUUUACAAUUGGUGGGCGCCGGCCAUGUUCCUGACAAAUGCGAUCCUGCUCCCAUAUUUUGCAGUUCGCGGCGUCGCAGGGCCAUCGCAGGUUUCCAAAGCCAAGCCAAGCUGGGCUCCUUUGGUCGGCCUCAGCGCUUUGGCCGUGGCCGUUGUUGCGCUGUGGCAGUCCUGGGGACUUUGGGGCAACUUCCUUCCCCUAGUUUUGGGGGACCGCGUCGCCUUUGCUUUUGCGGUGGACUGUACCCUCUUUGCCGUCUUGCAGGCGUAUGUGUUCGCAGAGACUGCUGGCCCAGCUUGGCGCUUUGUGCCCUUCCUUGGCUUGGUCGCAUGGCUCCUGCUGCCUGCCGAGGAGGAGAUGCCGCAGCAAGAGGGCCAGGCCCGAGCAAGUUGGCACUACCAGGUUGAUUUGGUCGACAUGAAGAAACAGGUGGUGCUCUGCUCCGGAACCAUCUCUGUGCAGGAGAUGCUCGAUGAGAUUUGCCGUACAGAGGGGCGGUGUGAAGUUACGCAGUACACGAUCCGGGAGAAGUUGGAGGAGUCCAAGUCGUUGUUGCAGAAGCCCUCCACUCCCGAUCCCUUUGCGGACGAUGUAAGGUGCGGGUCCAUUCUUCGGAAGAUAGUCUUGAAGCAGCUGGACAAACCCUACAAAGCAGCGCUGGAUCAAGGACUCGCGGACGCCGCAAGCCCAAAGGCCAAGCGGAAGCAGGUGGGCGAAGCUAUUGGCAGCGCUUUGGUCACGUUGGGACUCCGAAACAACACCGAGCGCGUCGAUCGAGGGACGGACGACAUGGAGGUCUACGUGCGCUUCCAGGUUGUCUCUCGUUGGAAAGGCCUCUCCAGAGGGAGCCGCAGUCCUCCUUCGGUGCCCAUGCGAGCGCCCUCUGCAGUGAGGUGUAUUGCCACCCUCGCGAACUCCAUCGUCGCAGGCUACGAGGAUGGCAAUGUCUUCGUCUGGGACUCAUGUGGACAGUCCAGCCCGUUGCACCAGUUCCAGGCGCACGAAGUGCCAGUUAGCGCCAUCGCUGUCCUGCCACCUCUCGGCUGUGUGGUGACUGCAGGCGAGGUCCGCAAUGGUCUGGAGGCACUGGCUUCAGCGAAACUUGACGGAUCUUGGCCUGUGAGUUUCGCAACAGGGCCCCUGGACUUGUGA